AUGGGUCCUCUUCCCAAAUCCCUACUUAAUCUUAGGCACCUUAGUACUCUAGAUUUAUCACAUAACAAGCUUAAUGGAACGUUGCCUUCUUGGUUGUUUACUCUUCCCUCACUAGAAACUAUCACUCUCUCCAACAACAUGUUCAAGGGGAGCUUACCAACAGAAUUUUUCAACCAUCAAUCAUUAAAGAUAUUAUCCCUUCAUGGAAAUCAAUUCGAUGGCAUGCUAGAUGUGCUUGAUCAAGGAUCCAUUCAUCAAACAUUUCUUCAACUCCUGAAUAUCACUUACCUUGACCUCUCAAAUAAUAAAUUUAGAGGUGUGUGGGAGUUAGAUACUUUGUUAUCAAGGCUCGGGACCCUUGAAUAUCUCUAUCUCUCAUAUAGUGGUUUAUCUGUUGUGCCCAAUAAUACCAGUCGCUAUGUCAAUCCUAAUUUUAAAGAAUUGGGGUUAGCAUCUUGCAAGAUAAAGGUGUUUCCAGAGUCCAUACGUGCCAUGAGAAAACUUCAAUAUUUAGAUCUAUCGAGAAAUGAAAUCGAUGGCCACAUUAAGGAGAUAGGAGGAAAUGAACUACUUUACUUGGAUCUCUCACAUAACAUCAUAACAGGGCCAUUCCCUCCAUCAAUUUGGAACAUGGACAAUCUACAAUAUUUGAAUCUGUCCAAUAAUCGCUUUAGUGGAGUGAUUAAAGCUAGAGAUAUUAACUUCUUUCCGUCAGUUAUAGAUAUGGGGAACAAUAGUUUUAAUGGCACCAUUCCACAUGUGUGUGGUGGAGAAUUAUGGGGGCUUAUUUUGAAUGGAAAUCAAUUUGAAGGUAAGGUGCCAAGUUGCUUUUCCAAAUGCCCAUACUUGGAGGUGCUUGAUCUGGGAAACAACCGCUUAACUGGUGCAUUCCCUGACCAGUUAGGACGUCUUCCAAAUCUGAAGGUCCUUGUCCUCAGAUCAAACAAGUUUCAUGGUCCCAUGGAAAGAAGCUCUUCUAUGAUCAAACACCCAUUUCCUAGUUUGAGUGUUCUUGACUUAUCUCAAAAUGAGUUUGGAGGCCAACUCCCUGGAAAAUAUUUUCAAAAAUUUGAUGCUAUGAAGAAUGUGGUCAAGGAUGGCGAGAAUACGUAUUUGAGUCUUUACGACUUUUACUCUAUCACUGUUGUAGUGAAAGGCCAGCAACUCUUUUUUGAGAAAAUUUCAGACGACUACACAAUUGUUGAUCUAUCUGGUAACAAAUUUGAAGGAGAGAUUCCAAACGAAAUAUGCACUCUUAACUCGUUGAUAGUGCUCAACUUAUCCAACAACCACCUCAAUGGUCAGAUCCCGCAGGCUAUAGGUAAUCUCUCUGAGAUUGAAUCAUUAGACCUAUCUCGGAACCAACUAUCCGGAAAGAUUCCUCAAAGUCUUGCAGACAUCACGAGUCUUGAAGUCUUAAAUCUCUCGCAGAACCUUCUGGUGGGACGUAUUCCUGGUGGAACACAGUUGAGUACAUUCAACACUUCAUUCGAAGGGAAUCCGGGACUAUGUGGGUUUCCGCUGCCCAAGGAGUGUGAACAUGCAAGUGCCCCACAGCUUGAAGUUGAUGGAGAAGAAGAGAGUGUAUUUACAUGGAAAGUGGUGAUGUUGGGAUAUGGAUGUGGAACCUUAGUCGGAUUGUUGUUGGGAUAUUUCAUGUUGUCAACAGGUUGGCCAAAGUGGUUGAAUGCAAUUGUUGAUGAAAUAGAGCAAAUGAUCCAGAGAAGGCAAAACAACAGAAGAUAA